AACAUAAAAUUUCACUCAUUUUCUCUCCCCCUACUCUUCACUAGCUUAGCUUAUCAGGCAUGGCAGCUAUCUGCACUAAACUCAAAUAAAAUGGCCUCCACUCAGCUCCUCUGUUCCUACGUUGAUUAUCAUUGUCGUCACACUCAGGUUGCCCCAAUAGUUUUCAAACGUGUCAGGAGUUCGAGCUUCUUCCCAUUUUGCAAUUCAGCUACUCAUCGAAAGAAUCAAAGGGCGAUUUUUAUGAAGAUGGAAGCAGAUACAGCUUCAACAACCGUGCACGCUUCUGACAACAAAAUUCCACAUGUUCUCACUGUUGCCGGCUCUGAUUCUGGAGCUGGUGCUGGAAUCCAAGCUGAUCUCAAGGCUUGUGCUGCUCGCCGGGUCUACUGUUCCACCAUCAUCACUGCUGUCACUGCACAGAACACUGUUGGAGUUCAGGGACUGGAAAUGGUGCCAGAGGAUUUUGUGGCAGAGCAGCUCAAGUCUGUGCUCUCUGAUAUGCAUGUUCAUGUGGUCAAAACAGGCCUGCUGCCCUCUCUUAGUAUAAUCGAGGUCGUCUGUCAGAGCUUGAGGAAAUUUCCAGUCAAAGCUCUUGUUGUUGAUCCUGUCAUGAUAUCUACAAGUGGAGAUGUACUUGCUGAUCCUUCAGUACUUACUGGAUUCCGGGAGCAGCUGCUUCCUAUGGCUGACAUUGUGACCCCAAAUUUAAAAGAGGCUUCAGUUUUACUAGGUGAUGUGCCACUGAAAUCCGUUUCUGACAUGCGUGCUGCUGCAAAAUUGAUUCACGAUUUGGGUCCUAGGAAUGUACUUGUCAAAGGUGGUCACCUACCUAAUUCAUUUGAUGCUAUUGACAUAUUCUUUGACGGUUUUGAAUUAUACGAGCUCUGUUCGCCACGUAUAAGUACUCGCAAUACCCAUGGUACUGGUUGUACCUUGGCAUCUUGCAUUGCAGCAGAGCUGGCAAAAGGUUCAUCAAUGCUUUCAGCAGUUAAGAUAGCUAAACGGUUUGUUGAGUCCGCCUUGAAUUACAGCAGGGACCUGGUCAUUGGAAACGGAGUCCAAGGCCCUUUUGAUCAUUUUUUGGCACUCAAGAAUAUCAAUCAGAAUUCUUGUAGGCAGGAUAGGUUCAAUCCAAACAACUUAUUGCUAUAUGCUGUAACAGAUUCAGGCAUGAAUAGGAAGUGGGGCCGUUCUAUUGCUGACGCUGUUAAGGCUGCUGUAGAAGGUGGUGCUACCAUUGUUCAAUUAAGGGAAAAGGAUACUGAGACACGGGACUUUAUUGAUGCUGCCAAAGUAUGCAUUGAAGUAUGCCGUUCCUAUGGAGUACCUCUGCUUAUAAAUGAUCGUAUAGAUGUGGCCCUUGCUUGUGAUGCUGAUGGUGUUCAUAUUGGGCAGUCUGACAUGCCUGCUCGUCUUGUUAGAACUCUCCUUGGUCCUGAGAAGAUAAUUGGCGUGUCAUGCAAGACGCCGGAGCAAGCCCAUCAGGCCUGGAUUGAUGGUGCUGAUUACAUUGGUUCUGGUGGUGUGUAUCCAACUAAUACAAAGGAAAACAAUCGUACCAUAGGCUUAGACGGACUGAGGGAGGUGUGUCAGGCCUCUAAACUGCCUGUGGUUGCAAUUGGUGGCAUUGAUCUGUCAAAUGCCCGUGCUGUUAUGGAAAUUGGUGAGCCAAAUCUGAAAGGCGUUGCUGUAGUUUCUGCUCUAUUUGAUAGGGAAUGCAUUUCCACUGAGACAAAAAACUUGCACGCGUUAAUAAGUGAGCGAGUAUUGUUGAAACAAUGAACAUACAUACCACAAUGUGGGUUGAGCUUUUAGUUAAAGGAGUGGUUGCUGGUUAGAAGAGUUCUACUUGCUUUCGCCUUAAGGUAUAUGUAUAAGUGCAGAUUCUCUAGGGACAUGCUAAAUUUAUGAAAGCAGAAAAAUAAUGAACAAUUUCUGCAAUGGUCAUUAUGGAGCAGAACAGAACAUAUUUGGUGGUUCAUUUGUUUGCCUUGGUUGGAUGUUCGUACCUGCUGAUUUACAGCUCAAAUGGUAUAACAAUAAUUUUUUUUCGGGAAAACUAAUGUAUUUUGUAGUUUGUUCUGGAACUGUUAUUGCAUAAUUGGUGGGAAAGCCUUGUCUAUCAGUGAUCAGUCGGAAAAUUUUCAUCU